AUGGAGGGUGGGCGUGGGGUGCAGCGACCACCCCCGUGCCCCACAGCUACCGGGCCGGGGUCCCCACAGCCAUGCCGUGCCCCCCGCUGCCCCCCGCUGCCCCCCGAGCUCACGCCCCCGCUGGACUUCUCCUUCCACCCGCUGCGCUCCCUGGACCGUGGGUGGGGGUACGGGGCACGGGCACGGGCACGGGUACAGGCAGGGCUAUGGGUACGGGUGUGGGGCACCCCCUCGCCCCCCCUCACCCCCCCGAGCUGCAGCCCCUCACCCAGCCGAGCGCUGCGCCUGGCCCACGUGGGGCUGUGCAGCCUGGGGGGGGGGGGCCUGCCCCCCACCCUGCGCCGGCUGCUGGCGGCCCCCCCGCAGCUCUGGUGGCCCGACCCCUCCUUCAGCCUCCUGACCGCCACCGACCCGCUGCAUGGGGACAGAGCGGGAUGGGAAAAAACCUCCCCGCUUCCCCCUUGGGGGGCUGCGGGGACAGACCCCGACCCGUGCCCCCCCCCCCCCCCACACACACACCCCCCCCCGGGCAGGUGCUGGCCGCGCUGGAGGGGCUGCAGAGCCUGCACGGGCACGCCGGGCACCGCCUGGACGGGGUGGGCAAGCUGGGGGCUGCGCGGGAACCCCAUGGAGGAGGAGCAGGGCUACAGGGACCUGGGGGGGGGAUAG